UGCAUGACUAGGAAUGAAUACAGUCGUAGUAGCCGGCAGAUGAAUACUUGCAGGGCAUUUCAAGUUUUCUUUCGCUCUAGGAGUUCGUAGCAUUUUUAGUUUUCUGCUACAGUGAAUUUAUGACCUCUUCCGGCACGAGUUCUGGCCUGGUGUCUGUUUUAUAUAGUAACGAUUAGUCGUGCUUCUAGCUUUAGAGCAGAUUUGUUGCAAUUCCUUGAAUUUCGUCUGGUUUUGAAGUUUGGGUUGUGGUUUCUAGCAAUUUACGAAGUGUUCGGCUGGGUCGAGGUUUUCAUGUCCACCUUGAUUUUCGGUGCAGAUUGUCGCUGUGGCUGCAACAAGGAUGUGCGAGUCGUGCUUCUUAGAAUCUGUGGGUCACCUUGAGCAGAUAUUUCUCUGCACCGGAACCUGAGUCUAGUUUACAAGAAAUUCAAAUGUCGGGCCGAGUUUGCAUCCAGCAGCGGCAGGGCCUUGUCUUCUGCCCUCGCGGCGGAAUUACCCCUUCCAGAGCAUUGCAAGCUCCUGGUGCACUCCUAUUUCACCAGCCGUCCAAAAGGUUUAGUCGUAGGGGAUUGACGGUUAGUAGACCGAAGUUUAGACUCCACAAGGCGCGAACAUCAAAGUGGUUUGCUGAGUAUACGGACUCUCGGGAUAGUUCUCAGGAUGUUCGAAGUGGUGGCGUAGACUUAGAUUUGGUUCACGGCGAUGGCGCAGCAUCAAACAGCGCGUAUCCAAAGUCGAGAGAAAUAAGGGAUGGGGAGCACACUUCUGUCAACAGAAUCUUUGUAGAUUCAAGUGCGAGUCGCUUGAACGGCCAUGCGAAUGGACACGUUCUAGAAGAGAGCUACUCUUUUGGGGAACAUCACUUUAGCAAGAUAAUUGAAGGAGAUGUGAUUACAAAGAGUGAUUCCAGAGGGAAAAGAAAGAUGCAGAAGCAAAAUCUGUCUGAAGAGGUUGACGAGACACUUAGUAGGGCAUCGGAUUCUCAAGUAAGCUUGACUGACGUUGAGUAUUACGUCCCUAUAUGCGGUCAUCGCGUAACUGGGGUGGUUGUAUCUGGUAACUAUGCGAAACUAGAUAUGGAUAUCGGGGCUGCUAAGCUCGGACAGAUGCAUGUGCAAGAGAUACUUCCGCUCGACAAAUUUCAAAUUGAUCAAACCAGUUGGAUCCUUGCUGACGACGCUGGUGAAGGAGGCGGUGCCGGUUUACCCCCCAAUGGUCACACCCAUGUUUUGUAUGAUGAGGAGGUCUUCACAUAUGAAGCCCCUGAGUCCCCACUUCUUGUUGAUAUUGGAACCGUGCUUGAUAUGGAGGUGGUGGGGAUCACAACGAGUGGCAGGGCUCUUUUGUCCGCCCGCAAAGCUGCUCAACGCAUUGAAUGGAACCGAAUCAUGCAGAUCAAAGAAGAGGAUGAACCUUUCGAAAUUACGAUUACUGGAUUCAAUAAAGCGGGACUCUUGGCUAGAGUCGAGGGACUACGUGCAUUUUUGCCUCAUGCUGAACUAGUUAAUCAGCCUGAUAUUUCAAAGGGCGAAAAUUACGAACCAUAUGUGGGCAGUACCUUAUGGGUGUCAAUUGCUUUUGCAAAGGAAAUCGAAGGAAAUCUUGUUCUGAGUGAGAAAAUCGCUUGGAUCAAACGGAGACUCCAGGUUGGGUCCCUUCACGAUGGCAUUGUAGCCCAACUGUACCCAUAUGGUGCUCUCGUGAAGGUCAAUGAAACGGGCACUAUAUGGGGAAUGAUACAUAUAAGUAACAUCUCAAAUGCACGGAUUGAUAAAAUAUCGAACGUGUUUGAAAUUGGAGAGCAAAUAAAAAUGAUUGUGGUGAAUUGUCCUAUUCCAGACAAAUUUUCCUUCAGUACUGCUCUCCUCGAAAGUGAGCCCGGGCUUAUGCUUCGCGAUAAGCAGAGAGUUUUCAGAGAAGCUGAGGAGAGGGCAAUAACGCUUCAGAAUGAGCAUCCAAAAUGGAAACAACCACCAGAUGAUAUUGCAGAAAAUUCAAGCACUGGGACCACUUCAAAACCCAUUGCAAAUUUGAAGUGGCUAGAAUUUGUCAAAGAGGAAACGCCUUUGUCACAGUUAUAAAAUGAUCACAAGUCCUUCACCAGAAUCACCUCUUUGUGUGGCUGAAUCGUCUUCAGUUCAUGAUAUAUAGCAUGAUGCACGCUCGAUGCGUUAUAUACAUUGUAAACGAAACUGCGACACCAUGCAACCGGAUUGUCACACGUUCUCACCUUCAAUGAAUCUAGCCAUUUGUCAACAUUCUUAGAGCUUGUCGCUACCAAUACCUCCAUUGUAAUUAGUCAGGCUGGAUAAAGUACGCAAUUGGGACGUUUUGACGACAUUGUUUUAGUUCCUUUCUAUCAUGCUUAACGUCCCAUGAAAUAUGUGGUAUAGAACGUUUCUCUUGUAGCUGAAUAACAGUGGUGAAGCCAUCCAUCUACAGGGCUUGUUUGCCUCAGAUCAUAUAAUAGAUUUUACUUACAUAAAAAUCUAUUCUAUAUAUAUACA